AGGUUCAACAGGAGUGAUGCCAGUGAGCCCCCUUCUCAUCGGUCUCCUGGGAACAGCUGCCUGCCUGGCGACGGGGGUCUGCCUCGUCUUGGCCGCCCUUUGUCGCUGUCACUAUGCCCACCCCCAUCGUGGUCGGCCCUGUUCGCGUCCCACCGACAACGGAUCCAAGCACCAACCCAUGGAGGCGGUCAUCGCUGCCGACGAUCUCGUCGUAGACGGCUCCGUGACAGGCGUUAGGACGCCGCUCACCCCCACGUCUGAGCAACAUUUCAUGGUGGAGGCGGUUAAUCAAAGGGGUGCAGUGGAGGGAAGCGAUCCCGAUAUUAUCAGAAAUCAGUAUGAAAGGCGUCCUAUGCAUGGAUUCAUGAAAGUUUAUGAGCCGCCUGGGGUCAGAGAAGAAGAAGACCUCGAAGAAGAAGGAGAGGAAUAUGACUUCAGACACGUUGCCAAAGAAAUGACACAUGUCCCCUCCAGUCAGACGAUCUAUAGAAGUCUGCAGAGGCCUAGCCGGACAGGGCUGCCAACCAUGUCUAGCGCACAAACCCUCUCACAUAAAUAUAGGGGUCCAGAAGUUGUUACCACGUCGAAUCGAAUACAGGAGAGUUGCAUAUAAGUGUCAUUGUUUUCAUCAUGUAAUAUAUUAAUGUAAUAUUUAAACAUAAAAUAAAGACUUCGUUGUCGA